CCAUCUCCUCCUCCUCCUCCUCCAGCGACCCAACGAGAAGGCGGCGCUUGGUGCGAAGAAAAAGCAGGGAGAAGAGUCUGUUCUAGAGCGCGAUCGCGUGCCUGGUCCUAGUCAGAAGCCCCAUUGAGCUCAGUGGGUCUUGCUUCCAGUAAGUGUAGCUCCGGAUUAAAGGGAGGGGAGUUUGGAAGUGCACCAAGGACUGCUACUCCCGCUCCCCAGCGAAGGCCCUUAAAGCGAGGAGACAGAUUCCAAGGAGCCGGGAGGGAAUCCGACCGGGAGAGGAAGCACGAUAGUCACGAGGAGGUGACUUAUCGAGAUGGUCGACCACCUGGCGAAUACUGAGAUCAACAGCCAACGCAUUGCAGCAGUGGAAAACUGCUUUGGGACGUCCGGACAGCCCUUGGCCGUGCCAGGAAGGGUCCUUCUGGGUGAAGGGAUCUUGACCAAAGAAUGCCGCAAAAAAGCCAAGCCGCGGAUCUUCUUCCUUUUCAAUGACCUCCUUGUGUACGGGAGCAUCGUGAUCAACAAAAGGAAGUACAGCUCCCAGCAUAUUAUCCCUCUCAAUGAAGUCACCCUGGAGACGUUGCCGGAUACCCUGCAGAUGAAGAACCGGUGGAUGAUCAAGACGGCUAAGAAGUCGUUUGUCGUUUCUGCAGCCUCUCAGACAGAGAGGAAGGAGUGGAUCAGCCACCUGGAGGAGUGCAUCCGCCUCUUGCUGUCCAAGACGGGCCAGCUGCCCCCCACGGAACACGCCGCCCCCUGGAUCCCCGACAAAGCCACCGAUAUCUGUAUGCGCUGCACCCACACCAAGUUUUCCACCCUCACGCGAAGGCACCACUGUCGGAAAUGCGGCUUCGUGGUAUGCGGGGAAUGCUCCCGGCAGAGGUUUCUCAUGCCCCGGCUGUCCCCAAAGCCCUUGAGGGUUUGCAAUCUUUGCUACAAACAACUGAUGGCAGAAAAAAUGGAGACAGAAGAGGCACAAAAGUCCGUCCAUUCUCCUCUGGCUCACUACGAACCUUCCAGUGGGGAGGACAGUGACCGCUCUGACGAGGACAAACUGGAACAGUGGCCAGAAGAGGCAGAGUUUUAUACGUCAGACAUGGCUUGGUCAUCUUUCCACAGCUGACCUCAGCACGGUCAGUCAGGCAGAUUUUAGGGGCCGUGUUCUGUGAAACACAAGAGCUUGUCCUGAGGCACUUUUCAUAGGAGUAGCUUUCAAUGUGUUUUCACUGUUGAGCUUUAUUCCAUGCUGUGAAUAAGGGAGAAGAGAUGAGCUGAGACUACAUCUGCAAGGGCCUGCUUAUCAGCUCGUUAGGAGCGAGUGCUUUUGCAUUGACAUUUGAGGCAGAGCUGAACUGAGACAGACCUAAUGACUGUUGCGCAUUCCUGAAAAUAUUGCUGCUUUUCAUUCAGUCUUUGCCAACCUGGUGCUUUCCAUUUGUUUCGGACUGCAAUUCUCAUGUUCCUGACCGUGAGUGUAGUUUGCCAUGAAUGGGAGAUCAAACCAUCUGCAUGACAGCAGAAUGCGGGGGGGGGGGGGGGGGCUGAUUUACUUUAGUUAAAGAUAGUCUUGUCUUCCACUCCUGAAAUGUCGGGUUCGGCUUGAGAAUUUUGUGGGGCUGAACGCCAGAAUGCCUCAAACUGUGCCUGCAGGAGAAAUCUGUCUGUCUCAAAACUGGAGGUCAGGUUCUGGAUUCAGUGCUAAUGAAGUCCAAAGCAGCAUCAGCUUCAUGGCGGUGUUUCAUGAAAGGUGGACCUUUGAUAAUCACUAUGUGGAAGUUGGUCAAGGGUCUCUAAUAGUAUUCUGUUCAAGCAUCAAACAAUCUUCACCGGCUUUUCAAAGAAGGAUUUGGUUUGGGGGAUCAGGUUGAGUGCUGUGGUAGGGAGGGAGGCUAGAAAGAGAUGUUGCUUUGACUACUUAAUUCUGAGUAGUAUUCAGAAUUAAUAUGAAUUUGUCAAUGGAGUUUUGGAAACCAACGUUUGCAGAUCAACUUAAUUAAAUGGCUGACAUAUUAACUUUGAUUGGAUGAGUGCUGCCCCAUAUCUGUAAAAUUUUGGCUAUGCUUCCUAGCUUUACCAUCUUCUGGUGUUAUUUCAUUAUUAAUAUUUAACAUAAUAAAAGCAAAUUUCCCACUUGCUGACUUAUCAGCUUGGCCUUCUCCAACCUGGUGCCCUCCAGUGGCUGUGGACUACAACUCCCAUCAGCCCAAGCUAACACAACCAAUAGUAAGGGAUACUGCGAGAAGUUCAAAACAUCUAGAGAGCACCAGGUUUGAGGAAAACUGGGUUGUUAUCUUAUUUUAUCAUGUUCAGUAACCUAUCUAUAAAUAUAUAUUUCAAAACACUAAAAUAUCUGGGAGAGAAAAGACUAGACUGUAGGUGGGACUGGUGCUUCUUGGGGUGAGGGGGGGCCUCCGGUUGUUUUCACCUACUAAAUUUAUCUUAAAAUAUGCACUUAACUUCUGCCACACCUUAAUACAGGAGAGCUGCUGCUUGUCUUCAGUUCCAGGGGCCAAAUUUGGUCCUCUGGAGUUCCCCAAAAGGGUACGCCCCCUUCCCAAGCCACUCCUCCUUUCCCCCAAGCACCAGUGACGAUCGGUGCAGUUUUCCCUCAUUCUAAAAAGUUAAAAUACUUCUCCUAAGGUGUGUUUGUGUUUUACUGGCAGUAAGAGCUUUAAGCGAAACCAUGCUUGUUUUUCUGGUAAGGACUGCCUGCCUUUUGCCCACCUAGCUGUAGAAUAGAACCCCAGAGGGCUUCCCCGAAAUGGAUUUCGACACUUGGGCUGCAGAUGUUUCCACACACUUGAGCUGAUAGAAUGACAACUCUUUAAACCAAGGGGUCCUUUUAAAAUCAGAGAGAAGGAUGGACGGAUGGACAGAUGGACAAUCUCUGGUCUAGAGAGUACAAACCUGAACUUUAAUGUGAAUGAAGUGCAUGAAAAUGUUUCAUUUGUUUGCAAACAUCCUAGCUGUUGUGGAUUCUGUAAAGCAGUGUUUUCGUCUUCAGAAGUGCAGCGGAAGCAAGGUUGAAAUACAGACAGCUGCAUCAGAAAUGGAUUUGGUAGCUCAGAGCUGCAGCUUAAACACCGUUGAAAUCCGGGUGUAGCUCAGGCCUGGGGCACGUUGUUUUCGGUGCCAUGUGCUUCCUGCCUUGUUAUAUACUUUGGCGCUUUCCACUGCUUGGUUUUCAAAGUGCCAUCUGCAACUCGGAGGGCUAGAAAUAUACUUUGUGCUUAAAUUAACCCUCCUAGAGAAAUACACGCUGUACAGAAAUGCCUUGCAGAUGUUGCAUGGCUCUGUCCCUCACGUGCAUCCACACACUUUCGCACACACACAGCACAACCCCAAUAUGCUUGCGGUGCUAAGCCAACCUUUCUCAACCUCAUAUCCUUGGACUACAGUUCCCAUCAGCAUAGGAAUGCUGAGAGCGGUUGUCCAGGUUGGAGAAGCAGAUCUAAAAUGCUGAUCUUAAUAGCUUGCUUUUGCCAAGGUUGGAGCUUUUGUUUUCUAUCACUGUGCACGUUGAUGCUUCCUUCUUGAUCUCCGGUGGUGUAAUGGAGUCAGAGCUCACACCAGCACCUUUUUAAGAGCAGUAAAACGAAAACCUUUUUAUGUUUUACUGAUAUCACCUGCCAUCCCCAAGGAUUCCCUGCUCCCGCUGCCUAUAGCUCUAUUCCUCACAGAAGCUGGGUUCCCAGUGGCAUUUUAGUCCUUGUUGUCAUGCAAAGUGUUUCAGGGUGGCUGGAUUUUGAACGGGCAAUAUGCUCCCGUUAGUUUUACCAGAGACUGGCUCCUGGUUCCAAAACUGCAGGAAGUAGUUUUGGGGAUUGGGACCAGCACAGCUGCCUGAAG